GAUGGACAGGUGUCACUUCCUUCCAGGUUGGAUUGAUUACGUAUGAAGGUAACCCUUGAAUUUGCCGGACCAUGGCAGGAAAGCACGGGAGGCACUGGAGGUCCAUGUGCAAACGUCUGCUUCUGGCUGUCCUGCUGACCAGCAGCAUUAUCCUCCUUUACUGCCUGUCCAUGCCCCAAGUGUCCCUGAGCGUGCCUGAAAUUCCCGUGCCUUACUCCUGCGCCCACCGCCCUUCCCAGCUGACCACCAGACCGAGCAGCAACGGCUCACGUGAAAGCACGGGGGGGAUGUGCACCCCAAAAGUGGACAUCAUGUUCAUGAAGACCCACAAGGCGGCAAGCAGCACCUUCCUCAACAUCCUUUUCCGCUUCGGAGAGAAACAUCAACUCAAGUUUGCGUUCCCUGACAGCAGGAACGACUUCUUCUAUCCCGCCUUUUUCCAGCGCUCCCACGUUAAAGACUACAAACCUGGAAUGUGCUUCAAUAUCAUCUGUAAUCACAUGCGUUUCAAUGCAGCCGAAGUGGCCAAGCUGCUCCCCCUCGAUACCGCUUACAUCACCAUUCUCAGAGACCCCGCGGAGCUUUUUGAGUCCUCCUUCCACUACUAUGGCCGGCUGGUGCCUUUCACCUGGAAGAUAGCAGGAGAGGACAAGCUGGCUGAGUUCCUCCGUGACCCCCACUACUACUUUGACCCAGAGGGCUUUAACACGUUCUACCUCCGGAACCUGCUGUUCUUUGACUUUGGACAGGACAACACAAUGGAGCUGGACGAUCCGCGGGUUGACCAAGGAAUCAGAUUCAUCACGGAGCGUUUUCAGCUGUUCCUUUUGGCCGAAUAUUUUGAAGAAUCGCUCAUCCUGCUGAAGGACGCUCUCUGCUGGGAGAUGGAUGACCUCCUCUUCUUCAAGCUCAAUGCCCGCAAGGGGUCAACCGUAUCUAAACUGACACCCAACCUGAGGGCCAGGGCCCUCGAGUGGAACGCUCUUGAUUGGAAACUGUACCAGCACUUAAACCAAACCUUCUGGAGGAAAGUGGAUGCGUACGGACUGCGCCGCAUGGCGGAGGACGUGGCGGAGCUCAAAAGGAGGAACGCGGAGAUGGCGGCCACCUGCAUCGAGGGGGGUCACGCCGUGGAUGCUGGCAGCAUCCAGGAGAGCGUCAUGCAGCCUUGGCAGCCCAUCGGGGAGAAAUCUAUAAUGGGAUACAAUCUGAAGAAGAACAUUGACAAGGCUCACAUUAAGUUGUGUCGUAAAAUGUUGAUGCCGGAGAUUCAGUACUUGAGCGAGUUCGGGGUCAACUUGUGGGUCACCAAGUUGUGGGGCCACAUUAGAGACAUCAUUAACUGGUGACUAAGCAUAUGAGCAAGUAGGGAUAAUUUGGCAAGGACAAAUAUAGUAAGAGUCAAUCGAGGUUACUGACUGAGAGCAAAAGGAUUUGAAGUUCUGUGACAUUUCAAUCAACUACUGUAAACUUUUAGGAUUCUGAUGGGUACUUGAGAAAAAAGAUUUCACAACCUAGAAGUAGUGAACACAAUUUAAAUGACAUGUAGCACCGUUCUCUCUGUUUAUGAGUACAUUAUUGAAGUAGUAAAAUAUUCAUACACAAUUUAACGGCGUAAGCAAUAGAAUUAUGUGUCCUUGAUAUUUUUCCAUCUCUGCCAACCUGUAUUUAUAGACAAAACUAAUAAAAUUAUACUGCAAUCUUAAUCAGUGAUGGGAAUUUUAUCAAAGCAAAUUCCUGGAUGACAUCAUGUUAUUUCUAUAAGUUUAAUAAAUGCCAGAGCUAUUUGCUGCCUGACAAUGACCACUCACGUUUAGCCUUGAGCCUGUAAUAAUGUGUAGCGUCACCAUUAUAUUGAUCUAUGUCCCCUUUGACCUUAUUGUUUCUGUUAGAUCAUAUGUUCCUAUUU